ACUGAACCUCUGAACCAGCCCUAAUUAAAUGUUGUCUUUAUAAGAGAUACAUUGGUCAUAGUAUUUGUUCACAGUAGUAAAACCCUAACUAAGACACUAUUGAAUUCAACCUUUCCUAUCACUAUGUUCCCCUCUUCCUGUAUAUUCUUUGUGUGUGUGUGUGUGUGUGUGUGUGUGUGUGUGUGUGUGUGUGUGUGUGUGUGUGUGUGUUUUGUUGAGACAGUAUCUUACUUUGUAGCUAAGUCUGUAUGUCCUGGAACCCACGGAGACUCAACUGCUUCUGUCUCCCAAGUGCUGGGAUUAAAGGUGUGUUCUACCACGUAGGCGCUUAUAUAUUUUUUGCAGUACCUUUUCUAGCCUAUGUGCUGAGCCGUUGGCUAGAUUGAAGACUUAGAUUCUGGUAUUUGACAAAAACCAGGCCAGGAGGAAAUGUAAGCUUUCUCUGUGCAAUAAUUUUCAUUCCUAUUAGUGACCUUCCCUAGUCAUACUUCAUAGAUGAAAGUGUCUCCUCCAGCCAGGCAUGGUGGGUCAUAUCUGUAAUCACAGCAUUUGGGACGUGGACUGGAAGCUGGUAAGUCUAAGGUCAGCCUGGACUGUAGAGUCAGACCUGCCUCAAAAAUAAAUUAGUGAAUAAGCAAGGUUCAUGGCUUAUUUUUUUUUUUUUUAAGGAAAGUAUCUUAUUGUAUAGACCAGGCUGCCCUCAAACUGGCCAUCCUCCUAUGUCAUUCUCCUGGUGCCUGGCAUCUCAAACAUGUGUCACCAUGCUUGGCUGAUGGUGUUAUUUUAUCAUCACUUAUAGCAGAUGGUGGUAACCUCUCUUUUGAGGGUGUAGGAAAGGCAGUGCUGAACUGGGACCUGGGACUCACAUGCCUAGACAGAUACGCCACCACCAAGCUGUGUGCUGCCCCAGGUUUAACCUCUCCUCCUCAUGUGCACCACCUCAGCAGUGUGCAGUCCUCCCUGGCGCGUGUUCAUUCAGCAGAUACUUCUCUAAGAGCUGGAGCCACUCCGGAGAUCCUCCUGGGUUCAAAGAUGGGAACUGUCAAUCCUCAUGGGGCCGUAGAGCAAAGAAACUUUUGGUUUGGGGAUUUUCAAUUCUUGUCCUGCUUCUUGGCCCUGAUGGCAAGAGUUUUCGAGCUGGCUCUGUGCGCCCAGUCUUCUCAGUCAGUAGUCUGCUGCUUACUAGCUUAGCACGGACAGUUCCAGGUUUUGAGGGGUUUAAACCUUCAGGAAUUAAAGUCUGAAGCUGGUCCUUGGCUCUCUUGUGUGCUGUCACUAGCAGCCAUUCUUCCCACACCUUGCCUUGGUCUUUUCUUUCCCCUUCCAGCUCUGCUGUAGAAAUGACAUAUUCUAACCAUAAAACUAAAAGAGAGCCCUGUGCAGCAUGGGGCUAAAAUGACUGUAUUUGAUUUCAACUCUGUAGGUGAGCGGAGUUUGCUGGGAAGUUUCGCAGAUCUUUUUUGUGGUACCAUGCAGCUGCAGCAGGGUAGGACUGACUCCUGUCCUCACAGCACUGGUGCUUUAGUAGGCGUGGUCUGUGGAGCCAAGAGUUGGCAUUCUACAAGUCCAUGUGCCUCCAUCGCUAAGGAGGCAGUGCUGGACAGCAUGAUUUACUGUAGUACUGGAGUAAGGGGCAGCCCUCUGGCACUCAUGUUCUGGAGAAAAGGAACAGGCUGGGCUCCAUUGAGAGAAAGCAUGAGACUCCCUGCCCCUUGUUGGUGCCUGCUGGCCAGAUACUGGCACGCAGAAGGGUGAUCCAGCAGCAGGAAAACAGAGCAAAUAAAAGACAAGGCAACCUCUGACAUUCUAAGCAGGACAGUAAAUAGGAAACAAACUUAGUUGAAAGACUUAGAGUAUGCAGCCUGUGGCACUAGGAAGGACAGAGGAACUGAGAGAUGAGGGACCAACCAGAACAGGAAGUCCAAUAAUCAGCUGCUACAACUGGUUUCCAGAUGUGGAAACUUAGGCUGGGAUAGGUAAGUGGAUUAUGUGGGGCCACCUAGUUUACCAUAGCUUUAGAGGUGAUAUCUGAGUUACCACUUUGUGCCAUGUUCAAAUGGAAAAUUUAAGACUGAGCUUUCAGCCUGGCAGUGGUGGUGCACACCUUUAAUUCUAGCACUUGGGAGGCAGAGGCAGGCAGAUCUCAGAAUUUGAGACCAGCUUGGUCUAAAGAUUGAGUUGAAAACCCUGUCUCGAAAAAUGAAACAAAACAAAAGGGAUGUGCUUUCAUGCUGGGUGCCCUCCAGUAGCUUAGGGAUACCCAUCUCACACUGGGAGACUGUCCAGUGCAGUGAGCUCUCCUUGAAAGAACAACCUAAGAUGCUUACUGCAAGUCUUUGGCCAUGGAGAGGGCAGACAAUGAGGAGACCAGUCCAGUCACCUCUUCCUGACUGAUACAGCUUUAAAUUGAGAAGCACAGGAAGCCUGGAGACAGUUGGAGAUGUCUGAGAAUUCUGUGGGGUGAGAAGCAAGGGAUGAAGGAAAACCUCCUAGAAAUAGCAGUUACAGCAGCUGUAAGCCGUGACCAGACUCAGUUUAUAUCAUCAAGUAACAGACCUAACCUUGUCAGGCAGCCACCAGCAGAGGAGGACAAAAGCCAAGACCAGGCCAAGGUGGCUGCAGAGAGCAGCCCACAGGGGUACUUUGUUUGCUAGAGGUGGUCUUGGUGUUGAAUAGGCUAAUAAUAAUAGUAGUCCAACUCAGACCCUGAGGUCUGGCUCCAAAUCCAGAUCCUCAGACACUGAAGGCAAUUUUGAAGGAGUGAACAUACAGAAUUUAGAAAUGACACUGGUACUUAAGUAACCUGGGUUACAAUGAGCUCUGUCUGACAGGUACAUCACCCGUGUGCUAACUAGGUGAGCUUUGAGAGAACUGGAGGUAUUCUUAGGUUAUAGAGCUGGGAAAUAGGCAUAUCCCUGUGUGCGGUAGGGCAGGAAUUCAGAGCCAGAUGUGGAGAUAUCAAACUAAAUCUCUACCACCUACCUCUGUUCUCAGAGAAGUAAGAGGUAGUGCCAUGUACUUCUAGGAGGACAGGUCCUUAUUGUCCAUGGGACCUGUUGGGCAUGUGGGCUACCAGUCUCUAUCACUUGUACAGUGGGUGAGAGCAGAUGACUGUCCAGUGAGUGUCUAGCCUUGCUUCCAGGGGCUGCCUUCUAAGUAGCUCCAGUUCAUGCCUACCCUGCUCAUGCUCACUGCAUGUUAGUGUGCUCUUGCUCUGCACAGCACUUCCCAGAUGCUUUGGACACUUGAUGGUUGAGUUGGUACAGUGAAGAGAGGCCAGGCAGGGUACCACAGCAGAGUCACCGCAUCUUGUUCCCACAGGUGUUCCUGUGGGCUUUCUAGAACAUAGUACGCUUUAUCCUUUGUCCCUUCUUAAGACGCCUUUAGAUAAGUAUUUUCCAGCAAACCUAUGGAUGUGAUAGACUAUGGCAGUAUAGGUAGAAAUGGAAAUGAAAUUUCUUAGUUUUAAAUGAACUCUAGAAUACUUGCCAGCAUAUGAUAGUAUGACGGAUGACUUUAUGCUUCUCAGUUUGCUAUUAGGAUACCGUGAUGACCUAAUGAUUAUUAAAAAUAAUAACUAGAGUAGGUUCAGUCUCCAGUACUGUUUUUUUAAAAAAUGUGUGUGGUAUUGGUGGUAUGUGUUUCUCUUGUGUGUGGGGGGGGGAGGGGGGGUGCAUACACACAUGCAGGUAAAAAAAAAACACAUUAGCUAAGGAAAGAAAACAGAAACCUGAUCAGUAAAGCUUGAUUUACACAAAGGAAGGAGUAAAGCACUGUUUCUUAAUGCUGCUUGUAUUUGAAAACAUAGGCAUUUUUAUAUAUAAAGAUAUAUACAUAUGGACAUAUACAUAUGCUCUUUGAAUGAAUGAUAAUAUAUUGUUUAUUGUUUGUAUAUAUAUUGCUUUUAUAUGUACUAGUUGUGUGUCUGUGUAGUUUAUACUAACUAAAAGAUAAUAUGAGUACCCUGCUCACAGGUUGUCAUGGCCAUUCUGCAGGCCUGAAAAAUAGUAGCCUAUUUUAGAGGUUGGAAGGAGUUUGGUAAGCAGUCCCCAGAGGUUCCAUGUUCUGCACUGGAGAUAGCCCCAGGUUUGCAAGCAGUGACAUAGGCUUGUUGUACAAGACAGCGUGUGGCGUGUCAGCUGACACCCGUGUUAGUUUCUGUAUCCUGGAGAAGUGGAUUAUAAUUGCGGGCCUCAUUACACCUUGACCGUUAUGAGCUCUGGGAUCGAGACUUUAGUAGAAGAGCUCUGCUGCAGACUGAAAGACCUACAGAGCGAGCAAGAAGAGAAGAUUCACAAAAAGUUAGAAGGUUCUCCUUCUCCAGAGGAAGAAUUGUCCCCUACAGCAAAAGAUCAAGUGGAAAUGUAUGUAAGACUCCUCAGUCUGAAGUACUAUGAAGCAUUUCCACCACUGUCUGAGAAACCGGUUUGCCUGCAAGAGAUCAUGACCGUGUGGAACAAGUCCAAACCCUGUUCUUACUCUAGCUCCUCGUCAUCAUCCACAGUCCCACCAGCAAGCACGGAUACAUCUUCUCCAAAGGACUGCAACAGUGAGAGUGAAGCCGUCAGAGAGAGAAGCAGUGUCGCCUCUGUCCCCAUGCAUGAGAAAGCCCAGAGCAGGAGCAGACACGAGAAGGAGAGCAAGCUGAGCAGUAGCACCAUCGAAGAAAAGCCUGCCUUUUACAAAAGGCAGAUCCGACACAAACCUGAAGGGAAGACGCGCCCUCGCUCAUGGUCAUCUGGCUCUAGUGAAGCAGGUUCAAGUUCAAGUGGUAACCAAGGAGAGUUAAAAGCAUCCAUGAAGUAUGUUAAAGUCAGACACAAGGCACGAGAAAUUCGAAACAGAAAAGGGCGGAAUGGGCAAAACAGGCAUUCACUGAAGCAUUGUGGAAAGGCAGAGAGAGGAGUCCAUGCAGGCAGUGGUGGCAGCAGCAGCAGCAGCAGCAAUGGGUCCAUCAGGCAGCUGUGCAAGCGGGGUAAAAGACCAGCAAAGGAGACGGGAAGGAGCGACUCUGGGAACACUGCAGUGAAAGACCUGUAUGUGGACAGCAGAAACAACAAAGAGUACAAGGAAGAGCCCCUGUGGUACACAGAGCCCAUUGCUGAGUAUUUUGUUCCUUUGAGUAGAAAAAGCAAACUAGAGACCACAUACCGAAACAGGGAAGAUACAAGUACUCUGACAGCAGAGGCAGUGGAAGACUUGUCUGACUCUGUGCGUGGUCUGUGUAUCAGUAACAGUAAUAUCCACAGAACAUACCUCGCAGCAGGUACUUUCAUUGAUGGUCAUUUUGUAGAAAUGCCUGCAGUUAUAAACGAGGAUAUUGACCUCGCUGGGACCUCAUUAUGUUCUCUACCAGAGGACAAUAAGUAUCUGGAUGAUAUUCAUCUAUCAGAACUAACACACUUCUAUGAAGUGGAUAUUGAUCAAUCCAUGUUGGAUCCUGGUGCCUCAGAAACAAUGCAAGGAGAAAGUCGGAUUUUGAAUAUGAUUCGACAAAAAAGCAAGGAGAAUACAGAUUUUGAGGCAGAAUGUUGCAUAGUGUUAGAUGGUAUGGAGUUGCAAGGGGAACGUGCAAUAUGGACAGAUUCUACCAGCUCUGUGGGUGCUGAGGGCUUCUUCCUGCAAGACCUUGGCAAUCUGGCUCAGUUUUGGGAGUGUUGUUCAUCUAGUUCUGGUGAUGCUGAUGGAGAGAGUUUUGGAGGAGACUCUCCAGUUAGACUCUCUCCUAUCUUGGACAGCACGAUGCUCAGUUCACACAUACUUGCUGGCAAUCAAGAGCCCUUUUCCAAUAUUAAUGAAGGAUCUGGUAUAAACUCUUGUUUUUCAGUAUUUGAAGUGCAAUGCAGUAAUUCUGUUUUACCAUUUUCUUUUGAAACACUCAACUUGGGAAGUGAACAUGCAGAUUCUAGUGCUAAUAUGCUGGGGAAAACACAGUCUAGAUUGCUCAUAUGGACCAAAAAUAGUGCCUUUGAAGAAAACGAACACUGUUCUAAUCUUUCAACAAGAACUUGUAGUCCGUGGUCCCAUUCGGAAGAAGCACGCUCAGACAAUGAGACACUAAACAUUCAGUUUGAAGAAUCGACACAGUUUACUGCAGAAGAUAUUAAUUAUGUGGUUCCCAGAGUCUCGUCAGAUUUUGUAGAUGAAGAGCUUCUAGAUUUUUUGCAGGAUGAAACUUGCCAGCAAAACAGUAGAACUUUAGGAGAAAUUCCUACAUUAGUUUUCAAAAAACGAUCUAAGCUAGAAUCUGUGUGUGGUAUUCAGCUAGAACAAAAGGCAGAAAGCAAGAACUUUGAAACUACACAUGCAUGUAGUGAAAGCAGUCCACAUGGAGAUGGCUACAGCUCAGGGGUUAUUAAAGACAUUUGGACAAAGAUGGUAGGUAGGAGUUCUGUGGCUGCAGUAGAGACAGAAAGAACUGGGGAGGAAUUGUUUUCCACAGAUGUAAAUAACUACUGCUGCUGUUUGGAUACUGAGGCGAAGAUGGAAGCCCUUCAAGAGCCUAGUAGGGCUGUGCAGAGAUCAGAGUAUCAUCUCUGGGAGGGACAGAAGGAGAACAUGGAGAAGAGAGCAUUUGUCUCUAGUGAGCUGUCCAAGGUGGAUGGUGGCGAUUACACCACACCCUCUAAACCUUGGGAUGUGGCCCAAGAUAAGGAGAACACAUUCAUUCUUGGAGGAGUUUAUGGAGAGCUCAAAACAUUCAACAGUGAUGGGGAGUGGGCAGUUGUACCACCUGGUCACACAAAAGGGAGCUUGCUACAGUGUGCAGCCUCUGAUGUGGUGACAAUCGCCGGUACAGAUGUCUUUAUGACCCCUGGAAACAGCUUUGCUCCUGGUCACAGGCAGCUCUGGAAGCCCUUUGUGUCAUUUGAACAGAGUGACAUGCCGAAGAGCGGGGAAAAUGGAGUAAACAAGGGGUUUUCUUUUAUCUUCCAUGAAGACUUGCUAGGAGCCUGCAGUAACUUUCAAGUUGAAGAUCCUGGCCUUGAAUACUCACUCUCUUCCUUUGACCUAAGCAACCCCUUCUCACAAGUUCUCCACGUAGAGUGUUCAUUUGAACCAGAAGGGAUUGCAUCUUUUAGCCCCAGUUUCAAGCCGAAAUCAAUCCUCUGCUCUGAUUCAGACAGUGAGGUUUUUCACCCCAGAAUAUGUGGUGUCGAAAGGACACAGUACAGGGCUAUUCGAAUCUCUCCCCGGACUCACUUUCGCCCGAUUUCUGCAUCUGAACUAUCCCCUGGAGGAGGAAGUGAGUCAGAAUUCGAAUCUGAAAAAGAUGAAGCGAGUGUUCCCAUUCCUUCCCAAGUUGAUGUAUUUGAAGACCCACAAGCAGAUCUCAAACCUUUAGAGGAAGAUGCAGAGAAAGAAGGUCACUACUAUGGAAAGUUAGAGCUUGAGUCUGGGAAGUUCCUGCCCAGGUUAAAAAAAUCUGGAAUGGAGAAGAGUGCUCAGACAUCACUGGAUUCCCAGGAGGAGGCAACUGGGAUUCUGCCGAAACAAAAUCAGUGUUUGGAAUGUAACUUUAACGAAUCUCUAGAAAUUAAUUUAGAAAGCUCAGCAGCAAACUGUAAAAUAAUGACACAAUGUGAGGAAGAGAUGAGUGAGUUUUGCAGUUGCAAAGCAGGUUGUCAGUUCCCUGCUUGUGAAGAUAAUCCAGUUUCUUCAGGACAAUUGGAAGAGAUUGGGAAGAAAGAAAAUGAGGAAAGAAGCAAGAUUCUACCUACUACUACCAUAUUCCUUCGCUUUCUAUUUCCUGUACUGAACACUGAUGUGCAAGAAGUAACAAGAAAUCAAGAAAAGCAGAGCUGGUGGGAAAAAGCUUUGUACUCUCCCCUUUUCCCCACGUCAGAGUGUGAAGAAUGUUAUACAAAUGCCAAGGGAGAGAAUGGUAUAGAAGAAUGUCCAGAUGCUAAAGAGACACCCAGUCGUGAAGAGCGUCUGUUAGAUUUUAAUAGGGUGUCUUCUGUUUAUGAAGCAAGAUGCACAGGAGAGAGAGGUUCUGAGACAAAACCAAAUGGCCUCCACAGGAAGAUGUGUUCCAGUGCCAGCUCUGACACGGGCGACACAGGCUCCGAAGCCGGCGGAGAGUGGGUGGGCCCCAGCAGAGAGGAGCUCUUCUCCCGAACACAUCUCUGACCCUGCAGAGUAGUACCAGUCAUUGAAAAUGGCUGUGAUGGGCAAUUGCCUUGUGUGAGGCCUGUUAGUCUAAAGCAGCAACUUAGGUUUCUUCUUCAAUUAACUGAUCCACAUCAGUGAUUACCUUUCUCUUCUUGCUUAUUUUAGCGUUGAGGACGGCUGUCCUGUUGAAGAUUUGUUUCCAAGCUGUUAAGUUCUUGCUCUCUGAAGUAGACUAGACUGUGCUGUCCAUGAGGAAUGGGUGUGCAUGUGCUUGUCCUAGUGCGUCCCGCUUCUGCAUCGCAGCUGCAGGCCUCCCUCUGGCGGCUGUGUCGCCAUCACCUUGUCAGCACCGUGGCGACAACCGCCACCGUCCAGAGACUCUAGCUCUGUUCUCUGAGCCAGGAGAUCAGUCCUCCCCUGCAGUGGGUCAGGGCCUUGCUGAAGGAGGAGGGAAGCAUGGUGACUCAUCUGCAGGCUCAUUCAGAAGAUCUCAUGGACAUUGCUGUAGGAACACAAGGGUGUGCUUUAGAGACUUACAGAAUACUGUGCUUUCUCUUAGGAUUCCCCUAAAGUACCAUGGAAGUUACUGUGGCUUGUGACUUUCUUGCUAGCUGAAGAAGCCAAGGAUUUGAGGCCUGGGUUAGAUGGGUGAGUUCUGCUACUGCAGUGUGUCCAUAGCAGGCAUAGUGGGGUUCUCUGAGCUGCCUCUCCAGUGCAUAGUUGAGGACCUUACUUGUAAAUUGUUAUCUGGUGACGACACUGAACUUAAUUCUCCAAGUGAACUUCAAAACAUUGGACAUGCAGUGAGGCCACCUCUUACCCCAAAGAAAUCUUUGGCUGCUGCAGCUAGCUGCUCUCGUGGCUGUGAUGUAGUGUAGCUUGUAUCUCAUUUUGUGUUUGAGAGAAUGCUCUGGGCAAGUUCUGCUUGUGGGCUGGGGUUGGUAGAGGAACUUCCCACACACUUCCCUGUGUGAUUGCUGUUCUGAUUAUCGACUCGUGGGACUUGGUGCAGCAGGCAGGCAGCAGGCCUCACACAGUUGCAUCUAAGCGUGCUGAUCACCUCGGAUCUCUCUCGCAGCACUGCCACAGGUGCUAGUAGGGCCAAUUGUGUAAAACCUAAACAUCCAAAAUGAUUUUUCUCUUUUAACUAACUUGUUGUUUUUAAAAACACCUUGUCUGUGACAUGAGCUCAGCAUGUCCAGAACAUCAGGAGUAGCGGAGAGGUCUUAAGUAGUUGAACUGGCCUCACCAGCAAGUGGGACGGCACUGGGCAUGCGUGUGGCUUCUUAGCUGGGAGUGGAGCUGCCCCUCGGGCCUUGCUGGUAGUACUUGAGUUUGUUGCCUGUUUCUCAGGAACACAGGAAACACCGUGGAGCCUGUGCAGGCACUGUCGUUCUGGCUUGCUGGCUGGGGCCUCUUGCCAUCUUAGGGUCUGUUUCAUACAGCACAUCCUGACACUGACAGUGGUGCGUGUGCGUGUGUGCAUGUAGAAGGGUUCAUGUUGCUCUUAUUUAUUUACAGGUAUCAGAUACAUUUUAUGUAUUUUUUUCUUCUGGAGCUUCCUAAAAUCUGAUUAACAUCUGCACUGAAAUAUAACCUAUCAUCAAAGGCAAAAAGGAUUGGAAGUUGUAAAUUCCUAAAAUCAAUGCCAUCAAGAUUACCCUAGAAAUUGUUGCUAUGACCAAAUGGAUUUCAUACUCAGCCAUGAGCUUGGGUGACCUGGACAGCCAAUGUUUAUCAGGAAAAGGCUCCAGGUGGCAAAGAAGCCUCCCUCCUCAGCUGUGGUUGUGGGGAGAGGCCCCCCACAGGGGAUACGGUGGGUCAUCAAAGGCAAAGGGAUGACUAGAUUCUGUAUUUGGUUUCUUUUGUAGUAAGUGGCUGAAGCUCAGAGGCUUUGGUACAGAAUUAAAGUGUGGUUUUAGUUUCUUGAAUGGAUGAUCACAAAAAAAGCAUUAAAAAAAGUUGGCAAACGCUGAAGCGCACUGUGGUAUGAAGCGCGUUGCACAUCCGUAGCACUGAAGUAUCAGCUCCGUUCCUGGGCUGAUUUUCCCCCCGUGGUUGUAUUGUUCUGAUUUCACGUACACCAGAGUAACUGAUUUUUUUUUUGUUUUGUUUUGUUUUCUUGUGGAGUUAACACCAAAUAAAAAUUUCAAAAAAUG